AUGUGGGCGUAUGCAAAUCACUAUUUGAACACUAGUAGCAGGAAUACUGGAACACUAUUCCAUGUUGUCGUGGAAGGACAAGAGUCUACCACUGUAUCAGCAAGCGACGCGGAGGGAGCAGAGGAGCCAGGAUAUUCACGUUGCGGAGACCGUUUUAGUGGUUAUUGUUUGAAUGGUGGGAUAUGCGAAGUCUUCGAAAGUGAUCCAGACAUGCCUAUGUGCCUCUGCCCCUCCGAAUGGUGGGGAUUGAGAUGCCAUCACGAACUUAUUGAACUGAACGGUGGGGACAGUAGAGUGACCACGCCUGCAGUCACCACCACUACCACCCAGGCCGAACCGUGCGACUCCAACCCCUGUCAACAUGGCGGAGAGUGCUUCGACAACGACGCGGGCUACUUCUGCAACUGUCCAGCGGACCGGCAGGGAGACAACUGCGAGAAACGUAAACCGUGCUUUGUGAAUCCGUGUCAGAAUGAUGGGAUAUGCAAAGAAAACGGCGAAGACUUCACCUGUUCCUGCCCCAAAGAUUGGAAGGGAGAGAGAUGCGAAGUCGAGGUCGUGGACCCAUGUCAACCGGAUCCUUGCAAAGAAGGCAUAUGUUCUCCGGACCGCAACAAUCCGGAAACGUUCACAUGUAAAUGUCACACCGGAUGGACGGGUCAAACAUGUAACGAAGACAUCAAUGAAUGCCAUAAGAGCCCUUACCCGUGUGGAUCAACAAAAAACAAGUGCAAAAAUCAUCAAGGAAGUUUUAAUUGCAUAUGUGCUGCCGGAUUUGAACCCAAAGGAACAACUUGCGUUGAUUCCGACGAAUGCAAGGGAAACCAUCGCUGUCAACACAAAUGUAAGAACACCGAUGGAGGCUACCGUUGUGAAUGCCAUAAAGGUUAUAAACUGGACAGAAACAAGAAGACCUGCACAGACAUUGACGAAUGUGUCGGAUGGCCGUUGUAUAGAGGCCCCUGUGAAUACGAUUGUGAAAAUACUCAAGGCAGUUACAAAUGUUCUUGUAAAGAAGGAUACAAGUUGGACACAGACCGCCACCGCUGCGUCGAUAUAAACGAAUGUGGAUCAAACAACGGAGGAUGUGAUCAGUACUGUCAGAAUGAACGAGGAAAGCACAGGUGUUACUGCGGGCGGGGCUACAAUCUGGCAUGGACCUUCAACCUUGAACGUGGACAUAAUAAACAGUACAUAUCAUAUCAUCCUCCAGAGAUCACGUGUGAACGGAGUGACGUCUCUAAUCCUGAAAAUGGGAAGUAUGAGAUCACCAACGGCAACAGGUACGAGUCACGUGUGACGUACAUCUGUAACCAUGGUUACCAGAACUUAGGGACCUCGGAGCUGAUCUGUGGAGACGAAGGCAGGUGGAGGCCAAGAGGAGGAGGCCACGUGAUUCCACCUCGCUGCGAGGAUAUCAACGAGUGUGACCUCGCCAAUGGCGGCUGCGAACACACGUGCACAAACAAGGUGGGAGGGUCGGAAUGCUCCUGUUUGAGCGGCUACCAGCUAGAAGAUGAUGGAUAUCAUUGUACAGAUAUCGAUGAGUGUGCUGACGACAGCACAAACGAAUGUGAACACGCCUGCGUCAAUGUCGAGAGUUCGUUCUACUGCACCUGUCCGGAGGGUUACCAGAUUGACCUAAUGGAUGGGAAGACUUGCAGACCCAUCAACUGUACCGGGUUAUACCAUCCUACACACGGUAGGGUGACUGCUGUGGGCAGCGACACUGCCUGUACUACCCGGGACGUGGUGAGGGGGACCAGGUGCCGGUACACCUGCACGGACGGGUACGAUCCAGUGGAUCCGACCGACCGACAGGUGGUGGAGGGGGACAUCGUCAGGGAGUGUAUGACCACCGGGUCCUGGACGGAUAAACGGAUAGAAUGCUCAGCGAGGGAAUGUCCCGUGCUGACGCUGCCAGACCACGCCCAGGUGUACCCACUCAGCUGCCGGAGCCAGGUGAGGUUUGGGAAGCAGUGCACCGUGACGUGUGGAACAAACUACCGGCUGAGGGGGGAGGCAGUCACCACCUGCACCAACGUCGGCUCUCCUGGUAACGUCAUCGUAGACUGGAGCACCAAGAACUGGACUUGUGUCGAAGGUAUUUGUCCUCGUGACGUCAACACUGUACUUGGGCCAGGAGAGAGUCACGUGGUUGUUAACCUGACGUCACCGCAGUCCAACUACGAGACAACCAUUGAAGACGGCUAUGUCCUGGGCGACAACAACUUCACCAUCGGGCAGACCAAGGUGGUGUACACCGCUGCUUCACCGUACAACGACGAGACGUCUUCGUGCACCAUGAGGGUCCGCGUUCUUGACACUGAGGCGCCAACAGUCAAGUUCUGCCCAGAGUCCCAAGUGAUUGAAACUGUGAGUAGUGAGCCAGCCAUCGUCACCUGGGACGCCCCAGAGUUUGUAGACAACGUUGGAAUACAAAGCGUCACACACAUCGUGGAACCAAACAGGCCCUUCACUUGGGGGUUCUACUACGUGAAGUACAUCGCUGGCGACGAGCACCGCAACUUCGCUGAGUGUGUCUUCACUAUCCACGUCAAGAAGAAGGAGUGCAAGGAUCUCGUGCCGCCUAAGAACGGCCAUCUCACCUGCGACAGUUGGUUCCUGGGGAGGUUUUGCCAGCUGAGCUGUGACUCGGGCUUCACACCCUUUGAAGAAGAUGCUGCCGAGAUGUAUGCAUGCGACCAGAGCGGAGAAUGGAAACCGACAGCAAAGGUUCCAGACUGUGUCGAGGUUUCCGACCAAGUAGCAGCGAUCCUCGGAAAGAUGUGCAGACCUGGUGCGGUGACCAGGCAGAGGCGGGGAAAGACAGUAUGUGUGAGUUGCCCAUCGGGUACAUCUUGGACCGUUACCACCGGAGGGCCGAAGUGUGUGGACUGUCCGGUCGGCACUUACCAAAACGAGACCGGCCAGACUGUCUGUAACAACUGUCCAAACGGAACCAACACUACCGAAGCCGGAGUCAGAAGAGAGGAAGACUGUCAUGGUANGUGUCCUCCAGGCACUUCCUCGGACACCGGGCUGGGACCGGAAUGCACGGCCAUGCCGACAAGGCUUCUACCAGCCGCUCGGUGGUCAGACCAGCUGUCUCUGGUGCCCGCAAGACACGAACACAACCAGCGAGGGAACUGUUUUCGAGGACGAUUGUGUCGCUCCUCCGCGGGUGCUGUCACACGGAUGGUUAAAACAAGUUGGAACAUCCUCGACGUGGAAGAAGUUGAAGGAGAAAACGAACACGAGGACCACAAGAUCUUGAGGCUCACGAUUGAGGAGAUGCGGGCUGAAGACGAGGGGCUGUACAGGUGUGUGGCGACAAACGUCGCUGGGAGCCAUGACAGGAAGGUCACCAUCAGCAUUGCAGAGGAAGACGAAGACGAAGAGUAGAACAUCACUGAUUACAAACGACGUAACAAGAUAGACCCCAGCAAUGAAGACGAAAUAACGUACAACAUACAUGAAUAAUGUACCCAUGUUACAGUACUAGAAACCUAUGUUUGAUAAUAUACCCUGCACUAUUAAAAUUAUAGCCUGCUACCCACAAAUCAACAACAAAGAAACGGUAGACUGUUUAUGAGAAAUACUGCAAAAAUAAGAAUGAAUAUCAUUGUGUACAUAUGUUGAUUUGUUAGAUAUCGUGGCAGAGAAUCACAGUACUAGAGAAUCUGCUGGUAUAGCUAACACAAUAGCUUUGAUUUCAAGCAACAGCGCACUUAUGACAAUAGAGUAGAUAACAAGAGGCAGUGCAUUCCCCUACUGUGUUGAGCUGUCAAAAGAAUGUACAAUGUAAGAGGCCUAACACUAACAUUGUCUAAAACUUCCAUAUUUACGAACAUGGUUACUGGUAUAAGUUGUUUUGCACUGUUUUGUCUUAACUUUUUGUUUGACAAAAAUGUAUUUUUGCAAUUACAAAUGUAUUGCAAUUACUUCAUACUUUUAUAAACCAUUCUGAUACUUUAGAUUCGCAUUUAGAGGUCACACAGUAGACCCAUUCUCAGUUAUUGAUAAUGUCCAAUGCUUUAAAAAUGUAUCCAGCUGUAUCCAAUUGUAUAAAAAUAUUCUACUUGGAUGCCUAACCUCCAUCAACGCAUUUCUGACAAUAUGUACAACUGGGCGUUGACAGUAGAAAUUGUUUAACCAAUGCAUUUGAAUAAAUUCAAGUAGAAAAAACA